UGACAGGAGGCGGGAACCGCCGGGAACAGCGCGCUGCCCAAUGGGAGCCCGCCUUGUUGGCGUGUGGCGGGCGGCGGUGCCGGGCGGGCCCGGCUGCGGGACGUAGACCAGAGCCAGCUGAGCCACGUAGUGCCGUGCCAUGUUUCGCAAUGCCCUAGGAAAAACCUUUCGAUUUCUCGGGUAUGCUGUGCAGUAUGGCUGCGUAGCACACUGUGCCUUUGAGUACCUUGGAGGAAUUGUUGUGUGUUCUGGACCUUCAAUGGAGCCAACAAUUCAAAAUUCUGAUAUUGUCUUUUCGGAGAACCUUAGCCGACACUUUUAUUCCAUUCGGAAAGGAGAUAUUGUAAUUGUGAAAAGCCCGACUGACCCCAAAUCAAAUAUCUGUAAAAGAGUAAUUGGCUUGGAAGGGGAUAAAGUCUGCACAAGCAACCCUUCAGAUUUCCUUAAGACUCACAGUUUUGUGCCUAAAGGACACGUUUGGUUAGAAGGUGAUAAUCUGAGGAACUCUACAGAUUCCAGAUGCUAUGGACCUGUUCCUUAUGGACUGAUAAGAGGACGCAUUUGUUUUAAGGAGAGGGAGAUCGUACUGCAUGGACUUAUGGGCUAGCUUUUCAAGAGCUAGACUUCAAAUGAUAUGGCCUCUGAAUGACUUUGGAUUUCUACGUGCAAGCCCCAACGGCCAUAGAUUUCUUGAUGACUGAAAGAAUUAAAUGACUGUUGCCAGCUUGCAAAAUAUUUUCUACUGAAACUAAUGGAAUUAUUUUUGUUUAGAAUAAACACAAGUGUUGCUUGACAA